AUGCGCCCCCGCGCCGCCCCCCGCGCCGCCCCCCGCGCCCCCGCCGCCGCCGCCGCCGCCGCCACCGCGCUCGGGCUCUGCAGCCUCCUGCUGCUGCUCCGGCCCGGACACGCGUGCCCCGCGGGCUGCGCCUGCACCGACCCGCACACCGUGGACUGCCGCGACCGCGGGCUGCCCAGCGUGCCCGACCCCUUCCCCCUGGACGUGCGCAAGCUGCUGGUGGCGGGCAACCGCAUCCAGCGCAUCCCCGAGGACUUCUUCAUCUUCUACGGCGACCUGGUCUACCUGGACUUCAGGAACAACUCGCUGCGCUCGCUGGAGGAGGGCACGUUCAGCGGCUCGGCCAAGCUCGCCUUCCUCGACCUCAGCUACAACAACCUGACCCAGCUGGGAGCCGGCGCCUUCCGCUCGGCUGGGAGGCUGGUCAAGCUGAGCCUGGCCAACAACCACCUGGCGGGCGUGCACGAGGCCGCCUUCGAGACCCUGGAGUCGCUGCAGGUGCUGGAGCUCAACGACAACAACCUGCGCGGCCUCAGCGUGGCCGCCCUGUCCGCGCUGCCCGCGCUGCGCACCCUGCGCCUGGACGGGAACCCCUGGCUCUGCGACUGCGACUUCGCCCACCUCUUCUCCUGGAUGCAGGAGAACGAGUCCAAGCUGCCCAAAGGCCUGGAUGAAAUCCAGUGCUCCCUGCCCAUGGAGAACAGGAGGGUGUUCCUGCACGAGCUGUCGGAGGCCAGCUUCAGCGAGUGCAAGUUCAGCCUGUCGCUCACGGACCUGUUUAUCAUCAUCUUCUCCGGCGUGGCCGUGUCCAUCGCCGCCAUCAUCUCCAGCUUCUUUCUGGCCACCGUGGUGCAGUGCUUCCAGAGGUGUGCUCCCAACAAAGACACCGAGGACGAAGACGAGGAUGAGGACGACUGAUUCCUCGCUUUCCAGGACCCCCGCCGGUGGCUCCCCUCCGAGAAGAGAGGGCAAUGCUGAAAACAGAAUCGACCACUGUCAGCGACUGACCAGAGUGGUGUCUGCCCCAUGCCUUGUUCCCUGGGUGUGCCCGGUAAGACCGCCGAUCUCCGAGUUUAGAAUCUGCAGAGCAGAGGAGCCCAGGAAGGAUACGUGGAGGAGAGCCUGCCUCUCGGCUGGAGGUGUGUGUGUGGGGAGAAGAUAGCCAAGUCGGGCUUCAGAGCGGACAGCUGGGAACAGCGGAGGGGGGUGUGAAGACUGGCAGCAGUGGCCCGUGAAGGUGACCUUGUGCCGUCCACUUCUCUGACCUGGACUGGGAGACCAGGAAGCCUCUCUUUCCUCCCGAGAGACAGCAGCCGAGACAGUGGGGAUUGGAGAUCGGGUCCGUCUCCAUGGGAGCGGGGCUUCUGCUCCUUCUGGAACAGGCUUCGGCCACCUUGGCAUGUUAUGCAGAGAACAACCCCAUGUCUGGCUAAAAUGGCACCAGGGAAAAAGCCGAGACCUGGCCAAAGGGUGUUUGUUAUAUUUUCGAGUGAGUCGAAAAACUGUCGAUAGAACUCAAACCUUGAUCCUUAUCCUAAGAGGUACCAGCUCACAAAGGAAGGACAGUUGUUUUGUACAAUUGUAAUGACCUUUGCUCAGAGUCACUCUUCCCUCUGAAGUACCAAGUUUUUCCCUGUCCCAUCCCGCCCCCUACCUGCAGUGUGAGUCCCAGCUCAGCCAGACAGUGCCUGCUCAUUCUCUGUGAUGGCUCCGUUCCAGACUUGUCCUCUCCAGAACUUGUGAUAAACUUCCCUGGAGGCCAGGAUUCCAAAAAGGCAGGUUACAUCGGACCAACAAAAUUAAAAAAAAAAAAACAAAAAAACAAAAAAACCCAAAAAACAAAAACCAAGAAAACUGGGUCUUGGUGUCUGAAAAACCUCCAUCAGUGGCCUUAGGGUGUGUGUGUGUGACCUUUCUUUGGAGCAUAGGCUGUGAUGGGCAGUGUUGUCCGGGAUGUGGAAUGCAGCACUUUGACUCAGAGACAAUAUGAAACAAGGGCAUGCGCCCAGCAGUCUGAGGCAGGGUGACAGCUGUUAGCAGCACUGGGCCUUGCUGGGGACGGACCCUUAGACGAGGGGCUGGUGCGAAACUCCUGGGGUGUUUCUGGGAAUCAUCUCUGCAUUGUUUCCUAUAAUAUAUCCCUUAGAUUUCUUCCUCCGUU